CAACAAAAGCGACGACAGCAGCAAGGGAAAUAAAAGUGCCAAUUGUAUUAAUGGCAUUGUUGGCAAGAUUACAAUUGAUCUCGAUGGGGCAGUAGAGUAGGCAAACACGAUCAAUAAGGGCACAAUUGAAGAAUAAUAGGGCGCACCAUAUUGCGGACCCCAUUGUGGAAGACCAACCCCCUGCAAAAACAAGAAAAAUAGCGGGAACCCAUCCAACCCGAGCCCAAAAAAGUCGUGCGCGCGCCGGCCCAAAAUUCCUCCCUCGAACCCUUAACCCUCUCACACCUCGACACCCCGUUCCAUCGACUGUCAACAAAGACACCAAUAAAAAGGUCGCGACUCUACCACGAUCUUGUCCCCGUUGAGCCUCACAAGCACCAUCUUUGCCCUCUCCACGUCUUUCUCACAGCCCUCUUGACCUCUCCCUCACAAAGCGCCUACUCAGGACAUCACGGACCAUCGCGUCAACAACACGAGCCAUGCCUCCCAAAAGAGCUGCCGCGACAGCCGCGAGCGCUGCGACCAAAAAGACGGCUGUCGCUACCACCACCACCAAGAAGACCACUGCCACGACGGCUACUAAGAAGACUACUAUUGCUGCGGCGACCAAGAAGACUGUCGCUACCACCAAGAAGGCUGCUGCCGCGCCCAAGAAGGCCGCCGCUGCUCCCAAGAAGGCCGCGCCCAAGAAGGCCGCGCCCAAGAAGAAGACUGUCGCUGAGGUUGCCCCCGAGUCUGAUAAGGAAAACACGGAGGAGCCUGAGAAGAAGGUCGUUACCACCAAGAGAAAACGCACCCGGGAUGACGAGGAGCAAGCCCCAGUCGCGUCAAGUUCCGAGGACGAGAGUGCCCAAGAGCCUGUCGACGCGCAGGCGCAACCGGCCAAGAAGAGGAAGGUCGCCGCUCCUAAAGCCCCCGCUGCGAAGCGCCCUGCCCGCGUCCUGAAGGCCAUCAACGAGAAGCCCAAGCGUGUUCUCGACAUGUUUGUGUUUGGCGAGGGCACCGCUGGCGAGCUCGGUCUUGGCAGUGUUAAGGUGGACGGCAAGAAGCCCAUCGAUGUCAAGCGUCCCCGCCUGAACCCCAAUGUCUCCAAUGUUGUUCAGAUUGCUUGCGGUGGCAUGCACGUUGCUGCUCUUACCAAGGACAACAAGAUCUUCACCUGGGGUGUCAACGAUCAGGGCGCUCUCGGACGCGACACCACGUGGGAUGGUGGGCUCAGAGAUGUUGAGGAUGAGGACGAUGACAGUGAUGACGAGGACGACACUGGCAUGAACCCCAAGGAGAGCACUCCUGCCGAGAUUGACACGAGCGGCCUCCCCGAGGGUAUUGAGUGGGUUCAGGUUGUUGCCAGCGACAGCGCGACUUUUGCUCUCACCACCACUGGCCAGGUCUAUGGAUGGGGUACAUUCAGGAGCAACGAGGGUGUACUGGGCUUCAGUCGUAGUGUUGGCAUUCAGAGGACCCCAGCCCACGUCCCCGAGCUGUCCAAGAUCAAGCAGCUUGCUGCCGGUCUCAACCACAUCCUCGCCCUCGACGAGAAGAAUAAGAUUUACGCCUGGGGCGCCGGCCAACAAGCCCAGCUUGCUCGCCGUCUCCUCGAGCGCGACGACACCGCUGCCCUCUACCCUGCCGGCGUUGGUUCUCUCCCCGGCCGCGCCAAGGCCGUCAAGCUUGCCUGCGGUUCUUACCACUGCUUCGUCAUUGACACCAAGGGCCGUGUCAUCAGCUGGGGUCUCAACAACUACGCCGAGUGCGGCCACGAGGACUCUGUCGGCGUCGACGGCGGCUACGUCAUGCGCCCCCAGAUUGUCGAGUCGCUCAGCGGUUACGAGAUUGCCGACAUUGCCGGCGGUGAGCACCACUCUUUGGCAUGCACCACCGAUGGCAAGCUCCUCACCUGGGGCCGGAUUGAUGGCCACCAGGUCGGUCAGCCAACCGGUUCGUUCACCGAGGACAAUACUAUUUAUGACGACCGCCAGAAGCCAAGAAUCCUCGUCGUCCCUACCGAGAUCCCCGAGGUCAAGGAUGUUGUCCAGGUCGCCGCUGGCACCGACCACAGCUUUGCUGUCACCAAGGAUGGCAAGGUUUACAGCUGGGGUUUCUCGGCCAACUACCAGACUGGCCAGGGGACUACGGAUGAUAUUGAGUCGCCAACACUUAUUGACAACACCGCCAUCAGGGACAGGAAGAUCGUCUUUGCUGGUGCGGGCGGGCAGUACGGUAUUGUUGCUGCCGAGAAGGAGGAGGCUCAGAAUUAGGAGGCUUCUGAUGAGGAUGAGGAGACUGCCCCUGAGGAUGAGGGUGUUAGUCCUCCUCUUCCUGAAGAUGAGGGUGCUACUGCUUCUGAUGAAGAAGCUGAAGGGGGUUGCUGCUGAUGGGAGUCCUUCUGAUGAUGACGAUGAGGGGCAGUGUUUCUUCUGGAGGGUCAGGAUCAAGAAAGAGGAAGAGAGACAGCGACUCGGAGGAUGAGGAGGAUAGUGCCCGUCCACCGACCGCGAAAGAAAAGAGCGAGGGAUGUGCUGCGCUCGUAGGACGAUUCGGAGGAUGAGGUUGCGAGGGAUGAAUUGACGAACUGAGGAGACUACCGUGAGCUAGGAAGAGGUUGAGAAUUCUCGAGAUUUGUGGACGAGAUUUGAAGGGGCAUGUCGUCUUUGUUGUCUGUAACGGUCCAAUGGAUUAUCACGGCCUGUUGUGUGGUCAGCGAGGAGAAGAAGGGGGGAGGGGGUUGUUUGAUCAAUAUAUUAGGGGUGUUUUUUUCUUUCCUCGGGCUGGGUUUCCAUCACGGCACGGGGGAUUCUUCAUGCAUGGUGUUUUCGGUUGGCGGGGGGGAGGGGGCAAAUGGUUUUUUUCACAUGGGUCGGGCUCGUUGUAUUUGACGUUUUCACUUUUUGCCGCUCUCGGGUCUCGUGCUACAAAGCAUAGAAUAUAAUGGUGGAACAAGAAAAGGUUGUGGGGGGGUCGUGGCAGGAUAAAUACCACACAGACUUGCGGACUGGACAUGAAAGCAUUUGCAUUAGCGGAAUCAAAUCAAAAGAGAGAGCCUGAAUAAAAUUUUCAAAAGCGGGAACAUGUU